AUGGGAAUGCAGGGCCCCUUAACUGCGCAAGCGCUUGGGCGGUCUCCUUAUGACGAUGUUGUUGAAUGGGACGAUGAUCAUGAUGAGCCACCAAAUACCAACGACUCUGUUCAACAAUAUGACCAUCGAGGCCGUCCUAUCAACUCUGAAACAAAAAGGAUCAACAGAGACAUUAUUCGUUCCCAUAAUGAAGUUAUGCUAGUUAUUGGGGUUGCUGAACAGGAGAAUCCAACUACAAAUCCAGAGGCCGAGUCUGAUAAACGUCAUGCGAUGUAUGAGGACGACGUGGGCAUAAACCUUGCCUUCUCAGCUCUUCGUUGCGUGGAUGCUGCCGGUGCCUUUGGGCUAGAUGGCUUCCGUCAGCGAGUUUUGAUUUACAAACGCUAUUCUCACAUCCCGUUUUGGGACUUGUAUGCACAGUCCCGCAAUGCCUUCUCUAUCUCCCGAGAUCUUCUGCCUGGUGCGUCUGUCAAUCUUUUCAGUAAUUACACGGACCGACAAAUUGCCCUAUUAUGGCGCGACCGGCCCGACAAGGUGUUUGCUCGUCGACUAGCUCAUGAAGUCUGGUCUCUAUCCUUCUUCGUUCCAUUUACUCGGGAUUCACCAAUUCCGGGCCCCCCACCAGUGAAGGAUCUUUCUUUCCAGUCUCUCCUGCAAUGGGUUGGAUGCCUGUGCAUAUCUUCGACGCCCUUUCUUGUCUGGGUAAUGUCCCAGAGAUUGAUCCGUGACUGGAGACCGCAGAUCUGGGCUAGAAUAUUUCGGUGGUUACCGAAUACCGGCUCUCUCCCUGGCGUGACUAACAGCUGGGUCCCAGCCGACAGGCCCCGUGAUAGAUCAGAGCACCGACGUGCUCAGAGUACAGUCAAUGAUGUGUCACCUAUACGGCCGAUUGACGGACAAAUGCCCAACGACACAGGCCCAGUAGAAGCUGUUCGGCGGCCAAGUACUUUCUCAGCACGGGGGGACGACUAUGCAACUGAUGAAGAAGAUACUGAAGGACUUAGCGCCACCUUGAUCAGCUUUGACGUUGAAGCCACAGCCGAAACCAGCGAAGCACCUCCUGGGCUCUGGAGCGCUGAACUAAGGCCAAGCGUUGAAGCAAGGGGAGCACUUAUGCCUACAACCACCUACUGUGAUACGAUGCUGACGCAGCUGCCCCCUUUGAUCGCCUCACAUAUCUUUGCUGAUGCCGUUUUGAGAUUGGCGACUGCACCGUGGGAAGCAACCGCCCUGCGAUUGAUGGCACACAGUUUCCGUCAACGGCUUAACCUCCCGACUCAUGACAUUUGCGAAAUCAACAUUUUCAGUCAGCUCAAUUUGACAUUCGCAAUCAACUUUCUCGGUACCCAAGUGCUGCAUUUAGCUUUGUGUGGAGAGAUUUGGGCAGCCUUCACGACGGUGGCCACAGUUUUACACACAACGCCUGACGAGUGGCGGGAGGCUGAAGCUGAGGAGCAGGAGAAAAGACCAGAUUGGACAGAUGGGAGUAUUUAA